UGUUGCAAUACAAAGAUUAGCUAUUCAACGUAUUGUUUCGCAGAUGUGGGGAGCACACUCCUGUCUGUGGCGAAAGGGCGGCGGUGGUCUAAAGGCGAGAAAGAGAGAGAUGAGGAGAAAUAUGUCGGUGUGAGGACGUUUCUUUGUGUCCACGACAGCGAAACUCAUAUCGCCAGGUGUGUCUCCAUAGCCACCUACUAGCCUACUUCUCACCGUUACCACCACUGUCGAGGUAGCCAUGGCGACCAGCGCCCUGCCAAGUGACAACCUGCCAACGUACAAGCUGGUGGUGGUGGGGGAUGGUGGUGUUGGGAAGAGUGCCCUCACCAUCCAAUUUUUCCAGAAGAUCUUUGUGCCAGACUACGAUCCUACGAUAGAGGACUCGUAUCUUAAACACACAGAGAUAGACGGACAGUGGGCAAUACUGGAUGUGCUGGACACAGCCGGCCAGGAGGAGUUCAGUGCGAUGAGGGAGCAGUAUAUGAGGACAGGAGAUGGCUUCCUUAUCGUCUUCUCUGUGACAGACAAAGCCAGCUUUGAACAUGUCGACCGAUUCCAUCAGCUCAUACUACGGGUCAAAGACAGGGAGGCCUUCCCCAUGGUGCUGGUGGCAAACAAAGUGGACUUGGUCCAUCUGAGAAAGGUCACCACUGACCAGGGCCAAGAGAUGGCUGCAAAACAUAACAUAACUUAUAUUGAAACCAGUGCCAAGGAUCCUCCAAUGAAUGUGGACAAAGCCUUUCACGAGCUGGUUCGUGUUAUAAGACAACAGGUGCCAGAACGAAACCAGAAGAAGAAAAAGAAGAUGAAAUGGAGAGCAGAACGUUCAGCGGGUUCCCACAGGUUCCACUGCGCCAUAUUGUGACCUCCCUCGUCCUGUUUAUCAUUUGUGAACAUACACAUACACACACCCACAUACCUUUUGGAUGUCAGGGAACUCCCCAGCAGUGGUUAACUACUGGAGCACAAAAGGGAGGGGGGCGGGAGGGGGGGUUUUACCAUGAAUUGCUGGAUGGAUCCCGGGGGGUCGGAAGGCAAAGUGAAUCUGACUGAUGUCCCCUCACCCUUCACAAAGCCUUGGAAUGACUGCUGUGCUCUCUCUCCUCAACUUAUGGUCCCUUUCAAAGGUCUAUAGAUCCCUCCCAUCUCUUUUCAAAACAGAACUACCGUGUCACUGAACUGUUUCUCAGUUAAGUGUCAUUUUUUAAUGUCAUGGCACUAGAUGACAGACUCUGGGGGGGAAAGAGAGAUCAGAAUCACCUUGAUAUUUGGAUGGAACUUUUGUCUUCUUGCGAAAGGAAGGAAAAAGGGAGGACCCGGCUCAAAACGGCGCCUCGUUUUUCAUGGAGUAACUCCCAUAAACCUGCUGGUCAUCACCUUUCUAUCCUCACACUCCCACAACUUUUCUGGAAGAAAAGCAUUGUGAUCUUAAUCGAUUUGUCGUCUGUGCUCUCUCUUUGUAGAGUGGACAUCAUAAGGGCAUGGCGGACGAAUGUGAGAGUUUUUUUUUGGUAUAGUGGAAAUAGAAGUUGCGUGGCGUUGUCGAUGAGUGAACUGCGAGUUCUGUGAGUGUAGCGUGAACUUUGUGGUGUUGUAAUGCUGUGGUUUUUUUGAAAUGUCAGUUCAGAGAGGACAGAAGGACGUGUCGUAGCAUGCGAGAGAGAAGUGACGGGAUGCUGAGAAAAUGUGUCAUAUUGGUUGACAGGCGAGCGCUAUGGUCAUAUCAGCUUGUUGAAUACAUGUUUAAAUAUUAUAAUUGUAAAGGAGAGUAAGAUUGGUCGGUGUAUGUGGUUACACUUUAAUGUAAACACAACAGGGUUUAUUCCAACACUGAUGUGUCAGCGGCCAUGUAUUUUUUAUUUUUUUUUAUUUAUAAAAGGAUAAUUUUCCCAUCAUAAAGACACCGUAUAUCAGUGCCACUUAGUACAUAAUAAUUAUGUUUUUUUUAGGUUGCCUCUUUGUCACUGUCAAUGGCAUGAUGGGUGCAGUCUUCAUCAGUACUGUAUGGACAAUAGCCCUGAUAUUUCCUUUGUCUUUGUAGUCCUAACAGAUUUGUCUUCAAAAACAAGUUACUUCCCAUGUUUUUGUAUCUAAAAACAAAAUAUAGAAAAUUACAAUUAUAUUUGUGAUAUAAAAAAAAUCUAAUUAUACGUGGCAAUGUUAAACAAAUUCAAUGCUGUUUUACAAAAGGAUCAGUAGGAAAUAAUGAAUGAAAUAGAAUAGAUAAGGGAUAAUGAGAGCUUCAUGUCUUCAGAUCUGAAGCAGCCUGGAGAAGCUGAUUUGCACUGGCCACUAACCAAAAUAAUGUGAUGUCACUUUAUUUUAAAUCGAGGGGCUUUUUUUAGACCGCAGCGCUGAAUUCAGGAUAAUUGAAUCGUGCUCAGCAAAGGAGAACACUCCUUUAGUUUGGGAAUACAUACUGUAGCCAUGGGAAUGCAUCCGAGUUAGCAUGCCUGUCUGAAGCAGGCAGUGGGAUGCUCCUAGGGCUUAAAGCCAUGUCAACUUAGCUACAAACUAAGUUUUAGUUGAAGGAAAACCACACACUCGAAGCAACAAGACAUUCAGUAUAUUCAUGUCUGUAGUCGUGAGGUGGAUAGGAAUGUACAAUUCAAUAACCUAUGAAAUGGCUUGUACUGUUAACGCACUAAAGCUUCGGUGGACAACUUUGUUUUGUCUGGAUGAAUACCGUCUCUUGGAGGAAUACAUUUUUGCACUUUUAAUACAAUUUCUCACUUUC